AGAGACUAUAAAAAGCAACACUUCAGCUAUAUUCCUUAAUUUUUCAACACUCUUCCAUAGUCACACUACAAAAUUAAACCAUAUAGUUCUCUAUACAAUUAGAUCCAUUAAUUAAUACUACAAUGUUAUUACUAUUUACACACCUCCUUCUCUCAUUACUCCUUGACACAACAAAAUCUCAAUCAAGCAUAUGCAGAACUUCUUGUGCUAACAUUUCAAUCAAAUAUCCAUUUAGCAUUGAUGAUGGAUGUGGAAGUCCAUACUAUAGACACAUUCUCUCUUGUUCCGACUCAGAAAAAAAACUCGAACUCCGAACACCUUCCGGUCGAUAUGAAGUUCGUAACAUAAGCUAUGCCGAUCCUCACAUUGUUGUCACUGAUCCAUUCAUGUGGAAAUGUGAAGAUGGGGAAAAUUUUCGACCAACACGACCAUUUAGUUUAGACACUAGCACAAAAUUGAAGCUCUCUACACAAAAUGAGUACAUGUUUUUCAAUUGUAGUGAAAAACAUGUGAUUAUUCAACCAAAGCCUAUGUUUUGUGAACAUUUUCCUGAACAUUGUGAUUCAUCUUGUGAAAGUGCUAGCUACUUAUGUAGACAUUUACCAGGAUGUUCUUUUUCUCUAACAAGUAGUUCUUGUUGUUCUUAUUAUCCAAAAGCAAGUGAAUCUUUGAGGUUGAUGCUUAAGUAUUGUACUAGUUAUGCUAGUGUUUAUUGGAGGGAUGUUGGUUUUCCUCAGCCUUAUGAUCAAGUACCUGAAUAUGGGAUUAGAGUUGAUUUUGAUAUACCUGUUACAACUCAUUGUCUUCAGUGUCAGGAUACAAUGAAGGGUGGUGGAACUUGUGGAUUUGAUACGGUGACACAGAGUUUUAUGUGUUUGUGUAAGGAUGGAAACUCCACUACACAUUGUAAAGAUCAAGAAAUUGCACAGCACAAUAGGAAGGUCCAUGUAAUCGCAGGGACAGUUACAGCAUUCUCAGCUGCAGGGGCAAUUGGAAUUGGAGCUGGUAUUUGGUACUUGAAGAAAUUGAGAGCUACUGCACCAGUCACAUGUGGAGUUCAAACCAAUGAUAAUAGACUAUUCUAAAAAAGAUCAAAUGAUGCGAUAAAAACUAUACAAAUUUACAAACAUAUAUCUUUUUUGUUACUCCCCCCUUAGCUAUUGUAGUUUAUUUACUUGUACAACAAUUAUACAGGACAAAUGCUUUGAAUUUUUCCAAGUUUCCUAUUGACUAUUGUUAUGUGUAUUAAUGUAAGUUAAGGUGUUAGAAGAUUAGUAUGUAAGAAUGUAAGCUCUUUGAAUACAUUGUAACAUUGAUAUGAAAUGAUUGUAAGAAUGUGGCAUAGUCAUAGUUUUUUUUUUAACA